CAGUAAUUCUGAUGAGAAAACCUGGAAAGUUAAGGACAUGAGUUCUUUGUUCCGGGAGUUAUUAUUCAACGCGAUAAUGAAAAUAGCUGCUGGAAAAAGAUGGCCAUCUGAUCAGCCAGGUGAUAUAUUUUCACCGCGAGCACUCACUGAUCUUUGUGAUUAUAUUCCAAUCUUGAGGUGGGUUGGCUAUGGAGGGUUGGAGAAAGGUGUAAUCAGUUUGCACCAGAAAAGGGACGAGUUUCUUCAGGGCCUGAUUGAUCAAACGCGGAAAGAGGUAGCAGAAGACGGUUCUUGUUCGACAGAGAGAAGGAAAACAAUUAUUCAAAAAUUGUUAUCUCUACAAGAAGCAGAACCCGAAUACUACACUGACGAAAUUGUUAAAGGAAUUAUACAAUUAAUGUUAUCAGCCGGAACCCAUACCACAUCUCAGACAAUGGAGUGGGCAUUGUCCAGCCUAUUAAAUCACCCUAAUGUACUGCAAAAGGCAAGAGAUGAGCUAGAAAAAAUGCAGCCUGGCCAUCUGCUAAAUGAUUCUGAUCUCUCCAAAUUGCCUUAUUUACGCUGCAUAAUCAACGAGACACUAAGGUUAUUUCCUGCGGCACCAACUCUUGUGCCUCAUUUUUCAUCUGAGGAUUGCACGAUAGGAGGCUACGAGGUUCCUAAAGGUACAACUUUGUUAGUGAAUGUUUGGGCCAUUCACAGGGACCCCAAUGUUUGGGAAGAGCCCAACAAGUAUAAGCCAGAAAGAUUUGAAGGAAUGGAUGAGGCCAUAAGGCUGGCUGGCUUGACAUUGGGCACUCUGAUCCAAUGCUUUGAGUGGCAAAGAGUUGGGCCUGAAAUGGUGGAUUUGGAAGAAAAUCAAGAAGCAACUUUGGGUAAGGCCAAGCCUUUGGAGGCAUCUUACAAGCCACGCCCAUCGAUGAUAAAAACAAUUUCCCAACUUUAA